AUGAAAAGAAAAUUCCAAGAAAAGAGUAAAAUUAGAGAACAAAUUGAAAAGGAAUUGUUUGAUAUUGAUACACUUAGAGCCACUUAUUAUAAUCAAGAAUUAGAACAAUCAAAUAUGAAUGUUACUGUUGAUGGACCUGGAAUUUCAGAAAAUGAAAUAAUGGAAGAGUAUUUUGAUGUUGGACCUAAAGAAAUAUUGAAAAGUAAUGGAUGUGAUACAUUGUGGAUUCAAUUCAUUAUGGAAAAUUAUCAUGAACACAAAAUGUCAUAUGAAAAUGAGGAAUAUGAAAAGAACUGGCUUGCACAAUUAUCAAAUAUUCAUGAAGAGCAAGAAUUAUAUUACUUUUUAUUGGGCUAUAUACUCAACAUUGAAAAUAUGGAUAAUCACCCUCUUUCUUCUGUAUUCGAAAGCUUUACUCGUAAAUUUAGAAAUGAAUUCAGCUCCUCAGAGAUGUCUCUCAUAACACCUGACUUUUCAGCAUUGUAUGUAAAGGAGUUUUGUGUAAAUUUGACACAGCACCUUACUGAAGCAUCUUCUUGGAAGCAUUAUCCACACCUUUCAAAACACAAGAAUGUACUCUAUAGUGUGAUUUGCCAAGCAGUUGUUUCCAAAAUUGAAAAAGAGUUAACUGAGCUAUAUAUGCAAAAAGAUGAAGCCAAACUGGUUUGUAAAAGAAUUUCUGAACUCAGAGGGUUGUCUCUUGUUGAUCUAGGCGCAGAAUAUGACCUCUGUUUAGAGGGAGAAUAUCAACCAAUCAUUAGCAAAUUUAAGGAAAUAACCAAGAAGGAAAUUAUCAGUGACAAAAUCAUUAUUUGCAAAGAUGUAUACUACAUGCUUACUGAAGUUGUAAAGAAGCAUGUAAAGCACAUUCAAGAAAGAGAUUACGAGCAAAAACUCCUUCCAGUAAUCAUGUACAUUAUUCUCAAAGCAAACAUUUCUUCUAUAUAUGCAAUCUUUGAUUUGGCAAUAGAUUUUUCCCAUGACAUUAACAACAAGACGAUAUUCCUAUUCGAUAACACUCAUUGGGAUGCUAUUUCACUAAUCAAGACAGCUCUUUUACACAUAACCACAUUCUCAGACAGUUCAUCAAAUCAAGACCAGGAGAUACAAAUAGAUGCUGCCAUAGAAAAGGAAUUUGAAGAGCUAAAUGGAAAAAUCUUUGAAGAGAAAAGUUUAGCCUUCUUGAAACAAAUCAAAUCAACUCCGAUUAAAAAGUUUUUAUUUCCUGAUGCUCCACUAGUUGCAGAAUUGACUUCGGAACAAUUGGAAUAUGCAAAAGAAAAUAGAGAAUGUUAUAGAACAUGGAUAAAACCAAACUUGGAUAGAACUGUCUAUGGAAGUUGGAGGAAGGCAAUCAUUUACCUCACAGAUUAUAUUAAAAAUCAAAGAAUGGAAGGAAAUAUUGUGGAUGGUUUGCUUGGAUUUUCUCAGCAGCUCAUCGAGCAGCUGAACAAAACACCUGAAGAAAUCGCCAAGUUGGAACAAACAGAAAAGAAGAUUGGCGAAAUUAUCAAUUGGUGUUGUUACAAUUAUCAAAAUAGCGACAAGGAAGGAACUUUUGAAAAAACCAAAGAUUAUCUUGCCGCCGUUUUAACUAAUGUUGUCUUUUUUAUUGAUUCAUCAAGUCGUGAAUUGGAAACUUUGAUUGAAUUAGAAUCACAAGAAAUUAAUCGUAUUGGAGCUGAAAUGACAAUUAUUUAUGAUCGUUUGAAAUCAGCACGUUCAAUGACUGGUCGUGAAGAAUUGACCAAAAUGCAUGCUGUCAAACCAACAUCACGUACAGGUCUUAAGAAGAAGGUUAUUGAUUUACCAACUUCAAAUUUCAAGAAUAAUAUUGCUUCAUUCAAUGAUUGGAGUGAAAGUGGUGAUACUAUGAGCUCUUCCAGUAAUCAAUCUUAUCAAACCAAUACUUUCCAAAAUAAGACUGAUUUCACAACUGCAAGUAGAGCUGGAUCAUCUGCUGGAUUAUUGGGUAACCCUGUUAGUUUGGAUAUUCCACUCACUCCAGGAACUCCUUCAAGUGUCUCUUCACCAGUUAGUACUUAUAGCAGACAAUCAUCAUUCUCAUCUGCUUCAACACCAACAAUUAACAGUAGACCACCUCCACCAAAUGUCAAUAAUCCUCCACCUCCACCAAUGAAUAAUAGUGUUCCUCCACCACCAAUGAAUACAGGCACUCCUCCUCCACCACCAAUUACAAAUAACAUGCCUCCUCCACCUCCAGUUAAGAACACACCUCCACCUCCUCCAAUGAAUACAGGCACUCCACCUCCUCCAUUUCAAUCGAACAAUAUGCCACCUCCUCCACCAAUGAAGAGUACUCCACCACCCCCACCAAUGAAUACAGGCCCACCACCUCCUCCACCAAUGUCAAGUGGUAGUCCACCUCCACCACCUCCAGUUAAGAGUACACCUCCACCUCCUCCAAGUGGUGGUGGUGUUCCUCCUCCUCCAAGUGGUGUCAGUCCACCUCCUCCACCAAAGAAUACUCCACCUCCUCCAACAAGAGCUGCUGUUGAAAUGCCAUCAGAUGAUUCAGGUGGUGGUAGAGAUGACUUGCUUGCCUCAAUUCGUGCCGGUAAAUCUCUUCGUAAGGUUACUCCACCAGAUGAUUCUCCAAAAUUGCCACCAAAAAGUGGCGGUGGUGGUGGUGGUGGUAAUUCUGCCAGCUCUAGCCCACCUGUCAGUAGUGGCGGUGGCGGUGGUGACAUGAUGUCAAUGAUUAUGGCCCAACGUGCAAAGAUGCAAAAGAAAUAAGUGUACUAUAUGUGAGAAAAAAAUAUUAAUAAAUAAUUUAUUUGCCC